ACAAUCAACAUACAUUCGAGCCUCAUCCACAUUCACUCGACGCUGCAUUUGAAAACGGACAUAUAUCAUGGCAGACAACGAUGUUGCCACACGGGCACCUGAGAGCGAUGCGCAAGAAAAGCCUCAGGAGCCGGCGGAGCAGAGUCUCUUUCCUGGAGACACCAGAGCACAAGAGGGGCCGAGCAUGGGUGAACACUGCACAACAGACCGGCCUGCCCCGUCCGGCGAGAAACCGACUGGCGACCUUACAAAACUAGGCGGUGUCGAAUGCUACGUUGCGAAGCCCGCCGACUACCCACACUCACCCUCGAAGCUCCUGCUGCUACUCACUGGCGGAACGGGAGUCAAGUCCACCAAUAACCAGCUGCAAGCCGACAGGUAUGCCUCGGAAGGAUACCUGGUCGUCAUGCCAGACCAGUUUGACAACGACCCAGCACCCAACAGUGUUGAUAUGACGGAAAUCUCUCAGCAAGCUUCAUGGCUAGAAUCAAUCAAGCUGAGAACCGCUGAAGGCAUCAAGUCAUUCAUGAUCGACAUGUGGCUUGCAAGACAUACACCGGAAAAGGUGCUUCCAAUACUACACAAGGUCACGGAGGGGGCCAAGGAGGAGUUUGCAGAUGCUGUCGCCAAUGGAGGUGGAAUAUACGGCGUAGGAUACUGCUUUGGUGCCAAGUACAUUCUCGUUCUGGCUGGCGAGCACCCGGAUAUCGUUGCUGGAGACCAGGCAGCACCCAAAGAUGAGGAGCAAGGAACCAUCAAGAAUGAGCCUGUGCUCAAGGCUGGAGCUGUCGCACAUCCAACAAUGUUAACGAAGGAAGACCUGGCAGCCGUCAAGGCACCCAUCUACUUUGCUGCCGUCGAAAACGACCCAAUGCUGUCAGAGGAAGAAGUUCUGACGCCCGGUCGGAGAGCAAUGGAGACUAACAAGGUUGAGCACGAAAUCCAAGUUUUCUCGGGCGUACCACACGGAUUUGCUGUCCUUGGGGACUAUGACGACUCCAAGAUCAAGCAGUCGCAAGCGCAGGCGUUCGGACAGAUGUUAGGCUGGAUCCAGAGCCAUUAGCGAUGAAG